AUGACAAGCAGGAAUCUCAACCAGACCUGGCGCGACAUGGUCUUUAAAAAGUGCGAAGAAGACCACGUAGCUGACGUCCCCUUCCCCGUCCGUUACUUGAUCAACGCCCCGCAGUGGAAGAAAGACAUCUUCUUCGAGAUUGGCAGCAAGAUCGACGUGCCUGUCUUCCUUCAAGCCGUCCUUCACUUCUCCCGCACAAGACGCCUUGCA